AACAAUUACUGUUUGAUUACUUGACUGCGGCAGUGAGCUUGCCUGCUACGUUAGCUGACAAGUAGGCGAUCGCUAUAGCUUUUGUGUUUUGAAACGUAACCAGCGUAACAACUCUGACAAUGAAGUUCGUUAGGUUUAUAAUGAAGAACGCCGCGUUGGCAAAUGUGCCAAAACAUAUUGAACAUUUUUCCAAAUUUUCGCCAUCUCCAAUUUCAAUGAAACAGUUCAUCGACUUUGGUUCUUCUAAUGCAUGUGAGAAGACAUCAUUCGUAUUCCUCAGGCAGGAAUUACCCGUGCGGCUCUCCAACAUCAUGAAAGAAAUCAAUUUACUCCCCGAUCGGUUGCUUACGACCCCGUCAGUACAAAUGGUCCAAAGUUGGUAUAUUCAAAGCUUGGUGGAUAUUCUGGAGUUCCUGGAAAAGUCACCUGAUGACCACAGUGUUUUGGCAGAGUUUGUGACCACGCUGAUGAAUAUCAGGAACAGGCACAAUGAUGUGGUCCCCACCAUGGCUCAGGGGGUUCUUGAGUACAAGGAAGCCUUCGGCCAGGAUCCAAUCACCAAUCAGAAUAUCCAGUACUUCCUGGACCGCCUCUACAUGAGCCGAAUAUCCAUCCGAAUGCUCAUCAACCAGCACACUCUUGUCUUUGAUGGAGAAAUGAAACCAGUUGACCCCAGCGCAAUUGGGAGCAUCGACCCUCACUGCUCUGUGACAGAGGUUGUCCGAGAUUCUUAUGAAAAUGCCAAGGCACUUUGUGAACAGUAUUACGUCAUCUCUCCUGAUCUUGUCUUGAAAGAACUAAACACUAAAAACAGGAUGGAGUCCAUAAAUAUGGUUUACGUGCCUUCCCAUCUCUAUCACAUGCUGUUUGAGUUAUUUAAGAACGCCAUGAGAGCCACCAUUGAAAACCACAAGAACAGCACCCUGCCACCUGUUGAAGUUAUGGUGGCAAUCGGAGGGGAGGACUUGUCUAUUAAAGUAAGUGACCGUGGUGGCGGAGUGCCCUUCAGGAAGAUGGAGAAACUCUUCAGCUACAUGUACUCCACUGCUCCCGCUCCACAGUUUGGCCCCUAUGACCGGCCUCCUCUGGCUGGCUUUGGCUACGGUCUGCCCAUUUCUCGUCUCUAUGCCCAGUAUUUCCAGGGAGACCUCCAGCUCUACUCAAUGGAAGGUUAUGGAACUGAUGCCAUCAUUCACCUGAAGGCCUUGUCCACUGAUUCUGUGGAGAGACUACCGGUGUACAACAAGACAGCCAAGCGUAACUACAAAGUCAGCCAAAUGGCCGACGACUGGUGCGUGCCCACCAGAGAGCCUCUGGACCUCGCCGUGUUCCGUCUGGCCAAAUGAGAAAACAAAACCCCGUAACCGAGUGUCAGAUUUGCUAGCAGGGGAUCCUGCUAUGAGCCAGGCCAGACCGGACCGAUGGGCUUUGGGGGUAGAUACUUCAGGACAGUGCCCUGUUAGGGUGAGGUAAUCAUGGGUUUAGCUUUCCCAGAUUCAAAUUAAAGCGGUUACUUAGUGGUAUCAGCUACUUCUAGUGACGUCACUUGAUCCCCUCCAUCCACAAAAUGACCUUUACUUCUCCCAGCCUGAAAGUACAUAUUUACUUAACAAUCCUCUCAGUAUUUCUUUCAUAGGAAUGAAAGACCAGGGACACAUGUCAGUUGACAUGCAUAUUUGAUUAGAAGCACAACGGAGCUUUCUUGUUUAACACUAUCCACGUUAUUGGAGUUAGUUUGGGAUUCUGUGGGAGAAGAAAGAAUUCCCUGGGGUGCCUUUACUGGUGAGACUGGUGGAACCAUGUCAAAGCAGCCUCGGCAUGCUUAGCUGUUUGUAGGGAGAAACCUGUGCGUAGGUUGUGAAAUGCGAUGGAGAUUUUACUCCAACAGCUUGGCAUUUUUAAGGCCUGAGCGAUCUCCGAUUCAGCGCUCUGAUAGAAGACACCAACCUUUGAUCUAAUCGUUUCAUUUGAGAGUUGGUCAGGGAUAGGAAUGAAAGAAAAAGAAGUGUGUCUUUCUACAGGCACCGUAUAAUUAAGGAUGGAAAGACUUACGUAGGGAAAAAAGAACUGAACAGAAUGGAAAAGAGAAGGUCUCCCCUUUGAAGUGAUCAAAGAAAUAUGUUCUGAGAUUCUAGAGUUCAUUUUCUCUGAAUCAUGGCCAAAAGCACCUGUCCUUUUGUAAUUGGUGAUUUUUAUGACUGGUCUAAAGACAAAAAUAGCAGUACUCUACAAUCUCUGCAUCUAUCACAAAGUUAACUGUGCUGGAUAAGGGCCUGCUUUAAAUGCAGACCGUCUUACCCCUUGUCCUUUGUUUAAAUUGGAGUUCUACUGUACUCUAGUCUAGCCAGUCUGUUGACCAACACGUCAGCUAUAUUUGUUCAAGCUCAUUUGGUAAUACUGCCAAAAUCCAAGCCUGUCUCUCCCUCCACAAUCCGACCCACUUCAUUCGCUGCCAAGUUGACCUGUAACUCCAAAAGACUUGAUAAGAUCCACGUGCCCCCAGCGAAGCGGAAUGCCUUCUUGUCAACACCAGGUCCUUCGUAGCUUCUCUUUGUAGCAACCACAGCGUCGGUACACCCUACCUCCCCAACCUCCUCCAUUUUCCUCCAAUGUGUUAUACUUGGUCUGCUCAAAAAUGCAUGCAGCCUUUUUAAAAGCAUGACAAAACAAAUGUUAUUUGUUUUUAUUUUAUUUUAUUUUAUUGCUACUGCUGUUCAAUGCACUGGAUAGACUAUGGAUAUCAAGUACUUCUCACAAAUAAUUGUAGCAUGUCAGCCUGUUUGCUGUAGACCAGGCAAAAAAGACUAGCAGAGAACCCGUAGCUUUCUGCGUAAACUACCUCAGUUUAGUGGGGAUGUGUGUCGCCAUUGUUACCUUUUAAAGCCAUGACCUGUAGUACUGUAAGUGCGACACGUGGGCCUUUCAUCUCUUUGUCUCCUUAUGUGCCUUCUCAUAGAGAGCCUAAAUGUCACUGUUUUAAGUGUGGACCAUGCACGUUAUACUCCUGUUCAGAAUUCCAGAGGAUUGACUGUUGUUAUUUUUGUGUGUGUGUAACACAGAAAAUGUUGUUCUUAUUUUUGUUCCAAAAAGUGAAUCUAUUUUCCAAGUGUUGAUGAUGUGUAAAUAAACAUUUCCAAGUGAUUAAAGUGAUUUUAUCUGGUGUUUUAAAAACAA